AUGGCAUCAGAUGACAACACAGCAUCGGUUCUGCACACGCAUACCACAGCGGCGCCAAGCCAUCCUCCUCUGACAUACACCUACUAUCAUGCAGGACCUCUCUUUACUCUUGCAGAAUUGCACAACAAUGUGCUGCUUUCAAGGGCGAUCUCGCAGAAGUCAUCUGGGAAAUUUAUACCUGUUCUACCGCAAGACUUAGAGCAACGGGACUUCUCGCCGCACGCGAUCCGAGAUGAAGAUCUCCGGGCACUAGUGUCUUGCGACUUGGCCCUCUUCACUUAUGACGGUAGUGAAUUAGAUGCGGGAACAGUUGUCGAGUACAUGAUGGCUAAAACCGCUGACAUCCCUGCUGUCAUCUUGCGCACCGAUUUCCGUGGAGCAGGUGAUCAAGCUGGGAAGGGGGACUCGUGGAAUUUAAUGAGCUCAUGUUGGCCUCGCACCGUCAGUGUUACCGUCAACGCAAUGGUCGAAUAUAAGAGUGGUCUUGCCAAGGCACUGGAAAGUGAAAGUGGCACCAACUCAGGAGACUACAUGAUCGAUGAAAUCGCCCAGAAAGUGGUGGAUGGUUUCGAGAAAGUACUCAGUACCCCGCCCCGACUUCCAAAGGAUUUAAGGCAGAGUGUCUAUCAGUGGCUUGCUCUCAUGCCGGGAUUCAAGGAUGGAGGAGAUACACAGAAUAUUGAUACUCUUGCCAAGCUGUGUGAGGAGAAGCAAUCAAAAGGACUGUUAUAA